AUGGGACCACUGCCGUGCUGCCGGAGUCGCCGGAAAACCGGUUGCAAGAAGCCUUCCCGACUUGCCCUGUUUUCCGCCGAGUUUGUGCUGCAGCCGCUUUCCGCCCCUAUUCCACCGUCUGCAGCCACCACCAUCAAGUCCUCCGACCACCUCGACCUCCCUCCGACCUCCCUCCGACCUCCAGCCACCCCCCCAUCCACCACCACGCCGCCUUUCUCCUCCCACCUCCGGCUACCAAACACUCCCAACACCCCCUCAAACUUUGGCCACCAGCCCCGCGACGCCCCGUCGCCGCCAGAGCUCUGGAACAGCCCCCAACACCUCCCCUGUUUCUGCUCCCCUGCACCCGCGAAUCUGCCUGCACCGGUUCUGCUUGCUGCUGACGCCUGUUCCGGCCACCUCAAGCCACCGCCGACCACCUCCAGCUACCUCACGGUCCCCCCAAGCUUCCUGUCACCCGCCGCCACCUCAACGCCCGCCGGAAAAGCCACCACAGCUGCGAACAGCCACCCCACCGCCUACCCUGCCCUGUUUCUGCUGUGGGUGCCCUAUUUUUGGGCUGGGGCCGAAUCUGUUAGGCCCAAUUCUGUGGGCCCACGAGCUGGGCUGAGGCCCAAUUUGUUUGGGCACGAAGUUGGGCCUUAUAUUAGGCCCGUGGACACAUUAAAUUGGAAGUUGGGCCCGUAG